CCCGGGCCACCGCUUGUCGUCGACCGCCAUCAUGAACAUCAUUGAGACGCUAUUUGGCCGGUCGGUGACGCCUGCGGAGCGCUUGCGCCAGCACCAGCGCGCGUUGACGAAGGCGCAGCGCGAGCUGGACCGCGAGCGGACCAAGCUCGAGCAGAGCGAGAAGAAGCUCAUUGCGGAUAUCAAGAAGAGCGCGAAGGCGGGGCAGCUGAAUGCGUGCAAGGUCAUGGCGAAGGAUCUGGUCAGGACGCGCCGAUAUGUGCAGAAGUUCUACCAGAUGCGGACGCAGCUCCAGGCCGUUAGUCUGAGGAUUCAGACGCUCAGGAGUAAUCAGCAGAUGGCGGAAGCCAUGCGUGGCGCGAGCAGGGCUAUGGCGUCCAUGAAUCGCGGCAUGAACCUCCCUCAGAUCCAGAAGAUCAUGAAUGAAUUCGAGCGGGAGAGCGAGAUGAUGGGCAUGAAGGAGGAAAUGAUGUCCGACGCGGUCGACGACGUCAUGGAGGACGAGGAGGAUGAGGAGGAAGAAGGUGACAAGAUACUAAAGGAGGUGCUUGACGAGAUCGGGGUCGGGCUAUCCCAGCAGCUCACGGAUGCACCCACCGGUAUCGCGUCUGCGGCGCCUGUUGCUGCGCGGCAGCCAGUCGCACUAGGCGAGGCGGCCGAUAUAGGCUCCUCAGGCGCGGGAGGGGACGGUGGAGGAGGAGGAGGCAUGUCGGACGAAGACGCGCUGCAGGCUCGUCUUGAUGCUUUGAGGAAGGGCUGAGAAACUUGGUGGCAGGCUAGGAGGCGCGGACUUACGGAAGAAUCGAUACAUUAUAUCUUGCUGAACACUCUACUAUUAUGAUGGUGCAUUUCUUGAAGUGCUAGCGGAGAAUGGGAUAUACAGAAUAGUCUUGCAUCUCCACGAAGCACCUUGCGAUACUUGGCUGCGAC